AUGAACAGCCAUAAUCAUCGGACCAAGCAUUGGUCAGCGUUAUUUUCCUUCUUAUAUUUGAUUUUGAUUGGUUCAAACGUUUCGGGAUCACGCCUACUUGUAAUCUUACUGGACGGAUUCAGAUGGGACUACCUAGAACAAGAUGGUCAAAUGUUGCCUGGUUUCAAUAGUAUUUUUAAGCAAGGAGUGAAGGCCGAAUACAUGGUUCCAGUGUAUCCAACGCUGUCUUAUCCUAAUUAUUACUCCAUUAUGACUGGUGUUCAUAGUGAAGACCAUGGAUAUGUAUUCAAUUUUAUGUUCGAUGAAAAACAUGGACGAAACCUGUUCAUGGACGAUGCGUUGUUUCAUCAGGAAAAGCACAAUACCCACUGGUGGGAUGAUGCCGAACCUCUGUGGGUGACGGCAGAAAACCAGGGUAAAAAGACAUAUUUCUUUUACUGGAGAGAGUGCGAUGUGGCUAUAAGGGGAGUUAAGCCAACCUUUUGCAUACCAAGAAGAGGUAUAACUGGAAUUCCAGAAAUGCAGUUUUCCAUCAAUGAAUCACUGAAUCUCUUACAAAAUCACACGGCAGAUUUCAUAGGCAUAUACAUUGAAGUAGUGGACCAUUAUGGACACAGAUACGGCGUCGGUUCCAAAGAGCUGAAAGAGAUAAUCAAAGAAGUUGACCGAGAAAUUCACACACUCAAAGAACAAAUGACAUCAUUAGGAUUAGAUGACGUCAGUCUUAUGAUAUUUUCUGAUCAUGGAAUGGCGAACAUUAAAGAAACAGUAGAUUUGAGCGAUAAAAUUGAUAUGAAUGACAUAUCUGUAUUAAUCCCAGAAGGAGCGAAUAUCAAAAUCUGGCCUAAAGAUGGGGCUAUUGAUAAGGUCUACGAUGCUCUUCAAGCGGUAGCUGAAGGGGGAAAAAUCACUGUGUACCGAAAGGACAAGAUUCCAGAACGUUACAACCUUAAAAGACAUUAUCGAGUGUCACCAAUAUUCAUAGAGGCGGACGAUGGUGUGUACAUCACCUUGCCUUGUAAAUGUAUAGGCUGCUCACCUUGUACUAUACCUUUUGCUAACAUUGUUAAAUAUGAGGGGACUGGGGAAAUGAGAGGGAUGCAUGGCUAUGACAACACUGAUGCCGAUAUGCGAGCGAUAUUUUUGGCCUCUGGACCAGAGUUUAAGAAAAAUUAUACCAGCAAGCCAUUCUAUAAUGUAGAAUUAUACCAGUUGAUGUGCAAGAUUCUUCAAGUUAAUCCAAAUCACCAUAAUGGCACGUGGUCAAAUGUGUCACCAAUGUUGUCACAGCAAGACACAUUGCCUUAUGGUUCUAUAACUGAUGAAUUGUGAUAGUUUAAAACAUACUUUACUAAAUUAAUGCAACUGUGAUACUGUUCAAAAUGUAUUUGACUUCAAAUGAUUGAUCAAAUUUUUGUCUUGGUAUUUUUAAUGGCUGGCUAGAUCACACUGUCUGUGCUUGCUUGAAGUAGUUGCUAUGUUGAUUUAACAGUUCCAACUCAAAUAAUAUUUUAAGAAUUACGAUUAAAACAAAUAACAAUUA